AUGAGGAUGGCUUCCCUGAAUAGCCCAAAAGUCUUGUUCUUAUGUUGCUUUUCGAUUCCUUUUGUGUUUGCUGUUCUUCCUGACUUAGGAGUACCCGGAUGGCAUUGUGACGCCGAUAUAAUGACGCCAAGCUAUACUAUUCCGCAGUCAGCUCAUCAAGUUAAGUACGCGGACUUCAAGAUUGUAGCUGCUCUGGGAGACUCAUUAACUGUAAUCUAA